AUGCUGACUAAGUGGUUGUGGAGAUUUGCUGUCGAGAGGAAGAGCUGGUGGCGAGAGCUGAUAAGUGUUAAAUAUCCUAACCCGCUCUCGAAUUGGCACACCCCUAAGGCUAGUAGGGGUUUCUCCCAGUCUGUUUGGGCUAACAUCACGAAAGAGUACGAGAACUUCUGGAGGUUUGCUAGCUUGGAACCAGGAAACGGCACUCAAGUUUCUUUCUGGCACGAUCCUUGGGUCCUUGGAAGACUGUUAUCUAAAGCCUUUCCCCGCAUUGUUGCUGCGGCCUCGGACCUCAAUUCCAUGCUUUCUGACACUGCCAACCUUAAUGGUGAGAGGUGUGGAGCUACAUCUAUGGGAAUAGCUGGACAGCGCAGAUCCAGACAAGGGAUAUUCCAGGUUUUAUUAAAGAUGGGGAUUCGGGAGCCUUGGAGUGUGGAUUCGUGGUUUAAGGAAUGUAUCCUCCAUGCUGUGUGGUGGAAUGUGUGGCUCGAAAGGAACCAGCGUGCGUUUGAAGACAACGGUUCGCUUGCUGGGGUUGUCGCUCGCAAGGCUGUCAAGAACGUGAUGGAGUGGUUAACUGCUCUUGGAAAAGUGGAAGUUGAACAAGGUACUAGAUGGCUCAGAGAUAAGUUGAAUGGGAUAUGA